GAGGAAGCGAGACUUGAACGUCGGGAGCACAUCGAUGUUAAUACAUUCACCCAGGGUGAUCAGUCUUCCUUUGUGCUGACAACAUGGCAGAUCAGAAUAACCAGGACGACGAUUCUGUCUGGAACCCGCCCAAUCAGAACCAGUAUGUUUCCGUGACGACGUCGUCAUUGGAUACCACAUCAGUGACUCCCACUUCCGAACAGUCAUACACCAGAGCUACAACUGUUCAGUAUGAAUCGGCAGGUUCUUCAUGCUGCGACCUGCCCCAGUACCAGGAGGUUCGCCAGCACUUCUCCACCCCGUACAGUAUGGGUGGGGGGUCGCAUGCGGAGCUGUACCAGGCUGCCCACUCGACGUAUGAGCGGAUCUCGCCGGUAGAGGAUUACCGGGAGGCUGCCGAGAGUAGUUCGGUGUCGUCAUACUCGACUCUACAGCCCGUCCAGCCGGAUGGAAACCCACUGAUAGCCGCGCCGGUCGUUGAUAGCAGUACACUGCACCAGGCGUAUAGCACAUUGCGUAGAGUUGACCUGUAUCAAGCAGAAGAAAGAAAUGGCGCAGGGACGUCGUAUGUGGUGGCGCAGGUGACGUCGAUGCCAUCGUUCGUGUCAAACAGCGAGGUGAGCACAUCUGGCGGAUCUCCCAUAAUGCCGAGCGAGCAGAGCCUCGACGACGCGGAGGCCAACCAAGCGAUCAGUUCCAUCGGCAGCUCCCUGCAUGGUGCCCUCAUGUCACACCCGUCGCACAAACAGGAAGCACUGGAACACAGUGGUGAGCCUGACACGACCCAGGAAGAUGUCAAUGACUACCAGAUGCAGCCUCACGGGUCAAGGUCGUAUAUUUCACACUCGGCUACCAUGGAGUCUGACGGUCUUCACUCCACCAUGAGUUCGACUUACAACCACUCUCCUGUCAUAAUGGACCCAACCAUGGACAGCAGUCAGCUGCAUUCAUCUGUCUCCAUGGAUACCUCUGGAGAUGUUGGUUUGGACUCUUCCAUUGACAGAAGUGUUGGGAGUUCUGUGAUUGGAAAUACAUCUAGACUAGAUCAUGGCAAUGAGGCGGACAAUCUUGUGUCUGGGAGCGACUCGGCCCUGGAGCAGUCAUACGAGUCGAUUGAUGACGAAAACAAGGAAAAUGACCCCCAGUCCACUCAGAGGGGGGUGAGAAAGUCCAGCAGAAUAGCGUUCCUCGAUCAAGAGCAGGCGUCGUCGUCCUGGAGACCACGGACCUACGUUCCAAAACCUUACAACCCGGAAGAACUGUGGUGUGAGGAGUGCAUGACGUCCUAUAGCACGGAGUGUCCCUACCACCGACUUCAGAUGGUUCUUGACAAAGUGGUUCUGUCUAGGGCCUGGUCCAGUCUCCCUGCCCACCUUCAGAUAUUCCGCCUCAGUGAGAGCGGAGGAACAGAGCUGGGAGUGUUUGCCAAGCGACCCAUCUCAAAGUACACACAGUUCGGACCGUUUGUCGGGGAGCUGGUCGACUCCCAGGAUAAACUGAUCGUGAGGAAAUUUCUACUCAUGCUGGAGAAGUCAGGUGGUGGAGUGGAGUUUUUUGAGACGAGCGACGAGAACAAGUGUAACUGGAUGAUGUUCGUCCGACCCGCGGCCAACUUCUCUGAGCAGAAUCUCGUGGCGUACCAACACAAACAAGACAUCUACUUCACUGUUACCAAGAACAUCGAGCCCAAACACGAACUCAAGGUUUGGUACGCCUCACACUAUGCUGAUAGAAUGGGUUUGUCGACGCUGGAAAUAACCGAACAGGAUAUUGAAGCUCUGGAUGAGCAGGACUGCCGGUUUCCGUGCUAUGAGUGUAACCGCAAGUUCAAGACGUCGGUACUGUUACAGCGUCACCUGGUGCUGCACGAGGACGGCGGGCCGAGUGCUGUGGAUGACGACGACUACCGCACCUCGGACGACAUGAAGAGGAAUCUUUCGUCUCUCAAGGCCAGCAUCAUCAGGUCCAAAGCCAGGACCGUCAAGAAGGUCAGACUGCAUUGUGGGGUUGAGAGAGAGGGAGGGAGAGAAAAGGGAGGAGACAUUCGUCCACUUUUUGUCCCUGGGCAGGGAACAUUAAAGAAGUACCAGCGACGUACCUGUAAUAACAAGAUCCGUCAGACGAUCAAGUCUCUGUACAAGCGGAAGGGUAAAGACAGUGGCGGAAACGAGUGGGUGUGCAUGCACUGUGACCUGACCUUCGACAACUCCAACCUCCUUAACCUCCACACCCUCACACACGCUGCCGAAGAUGUCGCAUUGGAUGAAAUUAAAAAAUUUGCCGUCGAUGUCAACGUUGUCGAAAAUGUCGACCCGAAUUCCGCAAACGGUGAAAAUCGGGCACAGAAUGGCGAGAAUCUGGUCUCCUUGGAAACGUACCUUGCCUGUCCGAUGUGCCACAUCCAGUUCGCCAACAAACGUGAUUUGAUAGAGCACGCCGCGGAGCACGGCAAAACGAAGCCGCGACUGAACCCGAACCGUCCACACAAAUGUUCCAAGUGCUGGAAGGCAUUUGGGACGCAGGAGAGACUGCAGCGCCACCUGCUGUGUCAUGGGGAAGAGGACAGCAAGCCGCUACAGUGCAACGUGUGCUACAAGAGAUUCAUGAACAACUCGGCGCUAGCCUGCCACAUGAAGACCCACAGCGACCACAAGUACUACGAGUGUCCGCUUUGUCGAUUGGGCUUCGAUCAGGUGAAUAUGCUGAAGGCACACAUAUCGUUGCAUGCGCAUGAUGGGCUCUUCACCUGUCCCGCGUGCAGCAAGAAGUUCGACGACUACACGCUGAUCCGCAAACAUAUGCGCACGUUCCACCCGGACAAGAAGUACCCAUGCCCCGAUUGCGACAAGGUGUUUCCGCGACCCGACAAACUGAAACUGCACAUGCUGCGACACUCGGCGCACCGCGAGUUCAUGUGCGAGAACUGUGGGCGACAGUUCAAGAGGAAAGACAAGCUGAAGGAACACAUCAAGAGAAUGCACUCGGUGGAACGGGAGGCCAAAAACAUGGAGCGAGACAAACCCAAUAUCAAAAAGUUUGUGCCGAAGGUCUCGCCAAACGACUACCAUCGCUUCAUCUACAAAUGCCACACCUGCCUGUUGGGUUUCAAGCGACGGGGCAUGUUGGUGAACCACUUAGCCAAACGACAUCCCGAUUUGAAACCGGAAUGCAUCCCCGAGUUGAAUCUUCCGAUUCUGAAAACGCAGCGUGACUACUACUGCCAGUAUUGCGAUAAAGUGUACAAGUCGAGCUCUAAACGCAAGGCGCACAUAAUAAAGAACCACCCGGGAUCAGAGCUCCCGAUGAGCAGUCGCAGACGAAACUUGAUCCCUGAAAUCCCGGGACUGCCGAACCCGACGUACUCGCAGACUGUGGGCAGCAUCACGACGAUGCCCCACUCCUGCACCUUCUGCCACAAGCAGUAUGCCAGCAAGGCCAAACUGAUGCAGCACCAGCGCAAGAAACACCCUGAUAGUGUCCCUGCGGCUAGCGAGAAACGGAAAAUCCUCGCCAAGGAAGAGCUGUACCUCCUGGAAGCGGCCCAACCGCCGGUCAUGCAGGACCGGUAUGAGGAAGUGGCUACCGUCCAUACCGUGCACCCGGAUUCGAUCCAAGCGGCUGAUCUGUUGACCCAAGCGAUGAGCGAGCUGACACAGUCGUUACAGGAGUACCGGCCGGGCGCCACCGAGUACCGGCUGGCCCAACACCUGACGUCACACGCAGGCGGCACGCCCACAAUGGUCCAGAUACAGCCGUCGCAGCUGCAGCACUCGACCAUCGAGCUGAGUCACCUGGGUCAGGCGCUCGCUCACACGCAGUUCAACCCACAGCAGACGCACAUUGUCCAGGUGAACGGGACCACGAUGAUCGCGGCAGCCCCGGGGACGUCGGGGGCGGGCCAGCAGCCCCUGGCAGUGUCCGUCGUGACGACCAGUCCCUCCUCUGCCAUACCGGGGGCGCUGACCCUGCCCCUGUCUCUCACGGCAACGCCCGUCUCUCUGUCUGCGACACCAGUUACAACGGGAAUCCAAGUGGCUAAUGCACAGACCUACGUGCCGAAGACGUGGUCGACCGCAACUUACCAGACAUUUCGAUAGGUAGUGGUCAAAAUGAUGAGGUUUCAUUGGUGUCAGAAUACGACAGUAACUGGGAGUGGGUGGGGGGAAUGAGACAGAUGUAUAUUAAUUCGACUUUCAGCUGGGCGAGUGUUUGUGUGUAUUCAUUAUUCAGAGUUGAGGGGUGGGGGGCUCAUCGCUUCAUUGGCCUUCUGUCUCAAUCCACCCAUUUCUGGUUGUUGAUCAGUUAAACAGGGCAAAAGUAAUCACCGCAACCCCAGUCACUAUGUGGGUUCAAGUCACUAAUGCAUAGACAUACAUACCCAAACUGUGUUCAACCACCUUGUACCAUACCUUUUGAUAGUUAGUGGUCAAAGUGUUUAAGUAAGUAGGCAUUGGAAGAUAUCAGUAUUUAAGGACAGGAUGGGGAUAGAUGGUGGUGUAGUUAUAGAUUAAUUUUCCUUUGGACAAAGCAUUUAAAAAUGUAUAUUCACUCGUCAGGUACAUUUUGAAACAACUUGUAAACAAAAUGAAGUCUUAAUGGCUACUCGUGUAGUAUUCUGUAUUUCCAGACUGCUUGGGAAGAUAAUGUUGUUCAUUAAUGUAUACAAGAUCUACAGUGAAUAGAAAUAAUCUCAUUUGUUGCAUGUUUGUGUGUGUAAAAUGUUGACAGGACUGAAGAGCUACAUCCAACAGUUGACAUAGGCUGUAGAUAGCAAAGACACGGCUUUAUUAAAACGGUCGUUCUCUUUGUAUUUUGCAUUAAUAAAAGAUAUUGUAUGAUAGCAAAAAAAGGCCACAGCUUUAACUAUGACCACCUGCCAAGGGAAGGUAAGGAGGGGGACUGUUACAGAGUUUACUUUGAUUGUUUGGUGCUGAUAACUCAUUUCAUCAAUUCGUACAUAAUGUUUGUGUUAACUGUUAUGCCAAAUGUUGUUUGAUGCCAUAUUCCAAAGUUAAUCAACAUAAAUAUUUUGAGAUUUUUAUGAAUUAAAAGUCUUGUAAAAAAAUAUCUUAAUUAAGGAUAGUCGGUUAUUUCUUUAACGUUCAUUGGGGUAUGUACAUAAAAAUCAUCCGUAAACUGUAUGAAUCGGCAAAGCCAUUCUCACAUAAAUUUGCAGAUGAUUUUUUUGGGUUCAUACCCAGAUGAACGUAAAAGAAAUAACAGAAAAUACUUAAAGUUAAAUUUGAAAAAUACUUAUUGAUAAUAACACUAAAAG